GUUUACGGGCGGGAAGAGUGAACGGAGCUGGCUGUCGAAGCUAGCAGGUUUAAAUCCCACCAUUGCUGUUAUAACAAGCCUUUGCUCCUUUUAAUGAUUUGGGCGUUACAUCUGUAGCGGAUACGAUUCAAACGGAAUAUUGCAAAAGGGUUUUUUUUGCAGAUGGAGGACCCUCCCGCUGAUUCUGGCGGCGGCGAUGCAUCAACGCUGGGCCCCGCGCUGCAAGUGUCAGAUAUCUGCUGUACAAUUGGGACUUUCCCCUGUCGUCUCGUGGAGUGGAAAGUCAAGCCGGGGUCUUACGUCAACGUGGACUCCGUGUUAGCGCUCUGCGUCCCCAUACCCCCGGAGAAGGUGGAAGGGACACCCAGACUACAUGAGAGGAAGGUGAAGUCGGACCGCGCGGGAGUCGUUCAGGAACUGUGCUGUCAACCCGGACAGGUCAUACCUCCAGGAGGCGUCAUUGUCAGAAUUGCAGGAUGCAGCCACCCGAUCGUAAUGAAAGGCUUGUGUGCCGAAUGUGGCCAGGACCUGACUCAGCUGCAGAGCACAAAUGGAAACCAGCAAACUCCCAUCUCCACGGCAACCGUCUCCAUGGUGCACAGUGUACCCGAGUUGAUGGUCAGCUCUGAGCAAGCAGAGCAGUUAGGCCGAGAGGACCAGCAGAGGCUUCACCGCAACAAAAAGCUGGUCCUGAUGGUGGAUCUUGACCAGACGCUUAUCCAUACCACUGAUCAACACUGCCAGAAAAUGUCCAAUAAGGGGAUUUUUCACUUCCAGCUGGGUCGAGGAGAGCCGAUGCUCCACACGCGACUACGGCCGCACUGCAAAGAAUUUCUGGAGAAAAUUGCCAAAUUGUAUGAGUUGCACGUCUUCACGUUCGGGAGCCGCCUUUAUGCACACACUAUUGCGGGCUUUCUGGACCCGGAAACGAAGCUGUUCUCACAUCGCAUCCUGUCUAGAGAUGAAUGCAUUGACCCCUUCUCAAAGACGGGGAAUCUUAGGUAUCUUUUCCCCUGUGGGGACUCAAUGGUGUGCAUCAUCGAUGACCGUGAAGAUGUGUGGAAGUUUGCUCCCAACCUCAUCACUGUGAAAAAGUACAUUUACUUCGAGGGCAUCGGGGACAUGAACGCGCCGCCAGGCUCACAAGAAGCUCUGAUGGCCAAGAAAGGAAACCCACCAGGUCGUCCUGCUGAAAACACAGAGGCGUCUGAGAAUCUCUGCGCGGAUGAGCAAAAUAACGGCCUCAGGAAAAAGCCGGUAAAAGAUGGGUCUGCGGCUUCCCACUGCUCUCAGGGCAUCCCGGCAAAUGAACGGACACAUCCCGCCGCGUCUGUGCAGGGUGAAGUUCUGACAGAAAAACAUUCAGAGCCUGAUGAGGAGGCCGCAGUGAAAAAAACUCAGGGGGUUGAUAGUCAAGAAAAUAGUAAAGAAAGUAUUAGCAGGACAGAGGAGGCGCUGGACAGUUUGAACUCUUUAAAACCGAACAAUGAGUCCAAUAAUUUGGACUUUGACCUUUCCAGUGACAGCGACAGUGAAUCUGUUAGAGAUAAAACGCCCUUAGUGGAUGGUGGCAACCAGACAAAGAAGUCAGAGCAUGAAGUUGCUUCUCUAGAAGACAGUGACGAGGCAAAGGAAAGCAGCGGGAAAGUCCAAAGUUCUGAUUCGGCAGAAACUUCAGACAUUCUCCUCCCAGAGCUUGGGAACGGCUGCUCGGACAGGAGGGAACCUGAAACCGAAUCACAAAAUAGUGAACAAUCUGGGGUUACCAUGGGGGAGGAGCUCCUGGACCAGAGCAUGGAGGACGAAGAGGAAGAAGAAGUGGAUAAUGACAAGGACGAUCACCUUAUUUAUCUGGAGGAGGUGCUGGAACGGAUUCACGGCGAAUACUAUGCCCGUUACGAGGCUUUUCUAAAGACGGAAGUACCCGACACGCCGGACAUUCGCAAGAUCGUCCCGGAGCUAAAGAGUAAAACGUUAGACGGCACGACGUUAGUGUUCAGCGGCUUGUACCCGACCAACUACCCGAUAGAAAGGACUCGUGAGUACUACCAUGCGAAGGCACUGGGGGCCAAGAUUGGCAAGAAUUUGGUUCUAAGCUCACAAGAAUCCAAUGGGACCACACACCUCAUUGCUGCAAAAUCUGGCACAGAGAAGGUCCGUCAGGCGCAGGAGUGCAAGAACCUCCAUGUGGUCAACCCUGACUGGCUGUGGAGUUGUCUGGAGCGCUGGGAAAGGGUUGAAGAGAAGCUUUUCCCACUCAAGGAAGACUACACCAAGCAGCCGUGGAGCAACAGCCCAGCAGCCUUUAUUGACAAGCAAGGCUCCCGCCAGAAGCCUGUUUUACAAAACCCACCUCCCAUCCAGCACAGACCUCCACCAGCACUCCCCGAGGUUCGAACCUACGACCCUGUUACUGGCAAGUUGAUCCGCAAGGUCCCUCAGGCGUCGCUGCAGGUGCCUUUCCUUCAGGCUUCUGAUCAGCAGGAGCAGUCAUGUCUCAGGGGAGUGCCAAAUUGUCAGCAAGAUGUGGCGGCAGGAACCAGCCAGGAUGACGAGUCGCUAGGGCCGGCGCGUCGGAAGCGCCAGCCGAGCAUGUCAGAAACUAUGCCGUUGUACACUCUUUGCAAGGAGGACCUCGAGAGCAUGGAUAAAGAGGUGGAUGACAUCCUGGGUGAGGAAAGCGAUAACGAGAGUGAAGGGCGAGGUAAAGAGAAAGCCGGUAAUGAAGAGGCAGAGGAAGAGGAAGAACAGCAACAGCAAGAUGAACAGCAUCAUCGGAAAGGAGAGGGACCACUGACAGGAGGAGGGUUAGGUCCUCAGGCACUUAAGACGCACGAUCCGGUCCAGACGAUAUGUGACGAGGCCAAUCUGUUGUCUACUGUGUCCAGGGGCCACAAACGAAAGCAUGAAGACGGCAAGGAAGACGACGAUGAUGUCGGCAAGGACGACGAGUCCUCCAAAGAUGACGAAGAGGAGGAGGACGAAGAAGAGGGAAGCUCCUCGGAGGCGGACGAGAUGGCCGCCGCGUUGGAGGCGGAGCUCAAUGACUUUAUGUGAAGUGGGACAUGCACACACACACAAAUUCACGCUGUAUUUAAACAAUGAAUGUUCUGUACAGAUAUGAAACGUUGCUGUGUUUUGUAGCAUUAUUAUUCCUGAUAGCCUUUUUUGCUGGCCAUCAAACAAUUUGACAUUAUUUUAUUGUGAGGAGAAUCAAAUGUAGGAAAGCAAUUUGAUACUUUUGGUUUUGUUUUGUUUUUCUAUAUCUUUUUGUAUUUUAAAAGUGGCGAUAAACCUUCCAAAUGUGGCCGCUUAUGCCAAAGAAUUCAGUAGGUUUGCCAAGUCGUGCAGCUAAACAUUGUUAUUAUUUGAUUUGUGUCAAAACUGCAACACUGGUUCAUCCCCCUACGCCGUGUUUGUAUAUAGGAUGAUAUGUGAUGUUGGAACUUUUGUGCACUUUGACCAAUCCCAUUCACUUUAUCCCAUUUUCUUCACAGCUUUUUCUAAAUAUUUACACUGGAGCCAGUCAUACUUCAUUUCGUAACACAAAAACGUGUUUCGCAUCAUCUCAUGCAGCUCAUACAUCUAACUCGUUCACCGCCAUUGGUGGCAAAAGAUAACCUAUGAAAACAAAAAAAUGUUGAUAAUGUUUAGUACGUGAUUAUAACAAAAGUUGAUUGGACCAAUUUGAAUGUGUUCAAAAAAAGUUUCAGUUCAGGAGUGUUGUAAGCUCACUUCGUGACGAACCAAUCUCAUGCAUAUAUUGUAGAUUAUAAACAUAUUGUGAUCAAAAUGUGUAUAUUUUUUAUAUCAAACAUAUGGCUCCAGUAUUAAAAAACAAUAACCUCAACCAUUUCACUUGCAGUCACCCCACUUGUUAUGCUUGUAUUUGUGCUUUUUAAUCAUUCUGAUAGAUGUUAGAUUUUCCUACUCCACACUGACAGAGAAGAUACUUUGACUAAAUAAAGAUGUUUAAAAUGAAUACCCUGCCAUGGCUUUUCAUUCUGAUCGUCGAAUGAAAUGUUGCCGCUGCACGACAGCUGGGCCUUUAACGCCGCAAGACUCCAGCCAGCUACUUAAUAGCUCCUUUGUCAUGGAAACCGUCGGUGAGCCAUUAGGCCGUGUUCCAUCUCGCCACUUGGCUCCAGACAAUUGGGGGUCAUUAGAUGGGCACUAUUCAUCUAAGGAAGAGAUAACAUGUUGUCGCCACUUUUAAUGUAUUUUUUUUAUCAACAAUGAGUCAUGUUUUCCACACUUUUCCCAACCUGAGGUGGCGCCUAAAGUGACCGACAUCUGCUUUGUCGUCCGAUCAGGUGACAUAAUUGUUGGUCAGGUUGAUUAUACUCUAAGCAGCACUCAGAGUAGACAUUUUCGGGACUCUGGGCCGAUCCGUAAGGGGCCUAUAUUGAAAAACUUAAAAUUCAAAUAUUUUCAAAACCAAAGCGGCUAGCAACCUAAAACCAAAACAGGCACCUCCCUGAGACAUAUGUAUAUGAGUUUCCAUGAGCAGCGACAUCAAAAAAUUCAAAGUUGUUCCCUAAUAAAUUUCCGAUUAUUUAUAUAUAAAGUAUAACAAAACUUAAAAUGGCUAUAAAAUUCUCAAAUUUUACGCUACAUGCACAAAAAUAACCAAAUGCAGAGAUAAUCACCUAUAGUUUAUGAAUC